AAAAAUGAAACAUUUCUGUGUCUUAGAAAUAAACAGAAAAUAGAAAAUUUUUCGGGGGAAAACAGUUUAUGUGCUUGAUUGAGUGAUUUUUACAAAGUGUGAAUUUUUUUGGUGAAAAGUGUGGUGCUAAUAAAGUGAAAACAACAAUUUCAAAAAAAAAAAACCUUAAUUUUUUUGAAACAAUAAACAAAAAUUAUUGUUCGAGUCUCAAUAUAGAGGAGGGCAUGGUGCGUUUGAGCACAUGCCUUGGCACCAGGUGGACAUGAAGAGAGUUCCCCUAUUGGUGAUUGUCCUAAUUGUGAUAUUAAACUUAUUAUUUUUUGAGACUGAGGCUUGUGGUCCUGGGCGAGGACCACAUCGACGGCGGCUUCAUCGAAAAGAUGUGCCGCUCGUCUUUAAACAACAUGUACCAAAUGUAUCUGAGAAUAGUGCACAAGCCAGCUCUGCACAGGAGGGUCGUAUCUCGCGAACAGAUCCUAGGUUCAGAGACCUGGUGCCCAAUUAUAAUAAUGAUAUUAUAUUCCAAGAUGAGGAGGGCUCUGGUGAAGAUAGACUUAUGACACAGAGAUGUAAUGAAAAAUUAAAUACAUUGGCAAUAUCUGUGAUGAAUCAAUGGCCUGGUGUCAAAUUACGUGUAACCGAAGGUUGGGAUGAAGAUGGUCAUCAUUCGGCUGGAUCGUUACAUUAUGAGGGACGUGCCGUUGAUAUUACAACAUCAGAUCGUGAUCGUUCCAAAUAUGGAAUGUUGGCACGAUUAGCUGUUGAAGCUGGUUUUGAUUGGGUAUAUUAUGAAAGUCGUGGUCAUAUACAUUGUUCAGUCAAAUCAGAAUCAUCGCAUGCUGCAAAUCAUGGCGGAUGUUUCACAGCAAAUAGUACCGUACUAACAUCAACAGGUGAAAAACGACGUUUAUCCGAAUUAACUGUUGGUGAAAAAGUACUAUCAAUGAAUAGUAAAGGAGAAUUAGUCUAUAGUCCAGUAUUAUUGUUUCUCGAUCGAAAUGUCGAUGAAAAACGUGUAUUUGUUAAAAUACAUACGAAACACGGUAAACAAAUUACCACAACAACAUCACACUUAUUAUUGGUUGUAAGUGCAACGAAAAUAUUACGUACAAACCAAACAUUACACUACGACGAUACCCAAACAACAUUCGCCGAAAAUGUACAAGUUGGAGAUCGUUUAUUAGUUCGCCAUACAAACUACACGAAUGUACUCGAAUUUGAUAUUGUAACAAAUAUUGAAACAAUAUAUUUACAAGGUGUUUAUGCACCAUUAACUGAAGAAGGUACAAUUGUUGUAGAUGAUGUAGUCGCAUCUUGUUAUGCAAUCAUUAAUAGUCAAUCAAUAGCACAAUUUGCAUUUGCACCCGUACGAUUUUAUACUCAUUUAAAAUCAACAUGGUUGAAUGUUAUGUCAUACAUUGGAUUAUACUCACAAAAUCAUGUAAUCCAAUCAAAAAAUGCACAACAUGGUAUACAUUGGUAUCCAAAAAUAUUAUACAGUGUUGCAAAUUUUAUUUUACCGAAAAAAAUGUUUAUCGAUGAUGAUUACGAAACGAAUACAAUCUAGUUAAAUAUUUUUUAUAUGUGUACAAUAUAAAGCGCUUUAAUAUGUUGUGAGCAUGCGCA